CGUUAAGCAAACAUAAACUUUGGACCGGCGUACAACAGGUCAGUGGAAAAAGCUGUCAACAAACUGCACUGGAUGUCCUUUGAGUGUAACGUCCGUAUGUUCACCAUGAAGUCUGCGGUGUUGUUUUGCCUCGUCGUCGCUUUCUCCGGGUUUCAAUUUGGUAUGAUUCUUCAGUGUUACUCGUGUCGCAACGGUUCAACCAAAAACUGUGACCUGAAAGAAGAAUGCACCAAUGGCCUGAACAGCUGCCUCAAACUCAAACAUGGAGAAAUGACGUACUCUUCCUGCGUGAACUACAAUGACUGUACCUUUGACGCCCUCUCACUGCAGUAUACUUUCUCUCAUUUCACAUUCUCGUGCUGUCAGUCCAACCUCUGCAACGGACGCAGCUUGUCAGAGAAAAUAUCAGACUUUUUUGGUUAAAAAGAAAAUAAUUGAACCCAAUUCUGGCUAAAUGGUGUUUCCAAGAUUGUGGCAUUAAAUAUGAUUUCUUGUCAUGAAUAAAAAAACUAUAAUACACGUCCAUAUGUAGUCUUCUUUUAAUUUCU